CGCGCACCUCUCAGAUCCUGUCAGCGUCAGUCAUCAGGCGCGUCCGCGGAGCUCGGAGUGUGAGAGAAGCUGAAGAGUCUGUUUCUCCUCCUCCUUCUUCUCUCGGGUACUUCAGCUGAGACUCGGCGCUCUGAUGCAGCCUCGCUCUCAGUCUGAGCUGAUCCGUCUCUGUCCGGACGCUGCUCGCCUCUCUGGAGGGUCUCAGAGCGGAUUUCUUGGAUGAAGUUUUGGAGAGGGACCUGUUUGAGGAGGAUCACGCGCAGUAAAGCUGAAGCGGGAACUCCUUAGAAAAACAAGUCAGUGGACAGAAGAGGAGGUUGCAGUAGCCAGUCUGCGAAUUGGACGCGUCUCUUGUUUUCUGUUGUUUGUUUCCCCAUUCUAAUCCUACUACUGGUCAGCGUCUGUCCGGACAGCUAUUGUACGCACAUGCACGCGCUGCCCGUUUGAAACGCCGUCUGUGCAUCAGAAGAGCGCAUUGAUUGCGUUGCGGCACAGCAUGGACGAACAGACCCACAUCAUGCAGUCCCUCGGCGGCGUGACCCUGAGCCGCACGGUGCACGGGGGCAUGGCUUUAGCGCCUUCGCUCGACCACCAGGGCUCGGAGGACGACGGAAGAAAGCAGGACAUCGGAGACAUCCUCCACCAAAUAAUGGCUAUCACGGACCAAAGCCUGGACGAAGCGCAAGCGAAAAAACAUGGCCUGAACUGUCACAGAAUGAAGCCAGCUCUGUUCAGCGUGCUCUGUGAAAUCAAAGAGAAAACCGGUCUUAGUAUCCGUGGUGUCCAUGAAGACGAGUCUCCUGACCCUCAGCUGAUGCGUCUUGAUAACAUGUUGCUGGCUGAGGGUGUGUCUGGCCCAGAAAAAGGGGGAGGGUCUGCCGCUGUUGCCGCAGCAGCAGCAGCAGCUCUUGGGGGUGGAGCCGAAAACUCCAUUGAGCACACUGACUACAGAGCGAAACUUGCCCAAAUCCGGCAAAUCUAUCACACGGAGUUGGAGAAAUAUGAACAGGCUUGUAAUGAGUUCACAACCCAUGUGAUGAACUUGUUGAGGGAGCAGUCUCGCACUCGACCCAUCUCGCCCAAAGAGAUUGAGUGCAUGGUGGGCAUCAUACACCGGAAGUUCAGUUCUAUCCAGAUGCAGUUGAAGCAGAGCACUUGCGAAGCUGUCAUGAUCCUACGCUCCCGCUUCCUUGAUGCCAGAAGAAAAAGGCGCAAUUUCAGCAAGCAGGCAACAGAGAUCUUGAACGAGUAUUUCUAUUCCCACCUCAGUAACCCCUAUCCCACUGAAGAGGCCAAAGAGGAGCUGGCCAAAAAGUGCAGCAUCACUGUCUCACAGGGGAUGGGAAGCACCAUCACUGUGUCACAGGUUUCUAACUGGUUUGGGAACAAACGCAUUCGCUACAAGAAGAACAUCAGUAAAUUCCAGGAAGAGGCUAACCUGUACGCGGCUAAGACAGCCGUAACAGCUGCUCAAGCCGUAGCCGCUGCUGUGCAAAACAGCCAGGACAGCAGUUCACCAGCUACACCCAACCAUGGUUUCCAGUUGAAAGAUGAAGAAUUUCAGCUGGAUACCACAGAAAGCAAAAACAAUUUGUUAACUAGCAUGUUCACAGCUUCAUCAGGAUCUUUUAGCUUGCCAAGUUCAGGAGACAUGUUCAUGAGCAUGCCCACCUUGAAUGGAGGCUCCUACCAGCGCAUGCAGCUCAGCAACACUGGACAGCCACAGGGGGAAAACAUACAUGGCAUUGGUCAGGCGGCGGACUACAGCGAAGCUCUGCGGGGUCAUCCUCUCUAUAGUCCUCACAGUUUGAAUGGUAAUGGUGGAUGGCAUGAAGCAGCUACUCCUUCCUCAGUGACCUCUCCUGCAGAAGCAGCAGGCAGCAUUCAUUCUGAUACUUCCAACUGAUCUGGCCUUCUCCAUUCUUAAAGCAGCCACCUUCAUCAAAAUGCCUGCUGAUGAAGCACCAACAGCGUUUUAAGAUGACGCAUUCAGACGUCUGAAUGACGCAUUCAGACGUCUUCUGCAAAAACCUUACCCAGUGACAGCUGCCUAUGGAAGGUUUUUUUGGUAGACAUCCAAACAUAUACUGUCGGAAAACCUCCAGUGGUUAUAAAUCAACAUUUACAGUCAUACAGUUGUGAAGAUUAUUUCACUCUGUUCUCCUGCCAAUUAACCAGAAGUCCAAACAUUGGAAAUAUAAACUGAUAGCUGUUAGUGGAACAUCAACUACAGCUUCUUCACCAGAAUCUAUAAUUGUAUAUCGAUUGUAAUAGUUAACAUGUAAUUAGAUUGGUUUCUAGUUCAUUUUUAUGAAGCAAGUGCGUUUUUGAGGCAUCUCUUCUGUUUGGUAUAUACGCAGUGUUUGCUAGACUAUGAAAAUAAUGUCCGGACCGUCCAUUAAUAAUAGUUGAACAGAUACCUGCCUUUGUUCAAAUCUUUCAAAUAUUUCUUGUAUGUAUAAAGUAUCAUUGAUGUGAUUUGACUAAAAUCAUACAAAACAAUUCAGAUUAUUUCUACAUUCCCUAACAUGUAACAGUGAUAUCAUUAACAUGGGGCUCACUUCGUGCUCACCAACUACCUCUUAGCAUUAUAGCUCAUUGUUCUUUCCAGCGUUUUUUAACAUGGAGCAUUUAAGGAGCGUUUAUGUGUCCAAAGGUUUGUAGACCAUUCCAUGUUUCUUCUAAAAUCAAAGAUAUUUAUAAGGAGUUUGUUCCCCCUUUGCUGCAGUAAAAGCCUCUUCCCUUCUGGGAAGG